UUAGAUGCCUUACAGCCUGCUCCGCGGCGGGAUAUCCAUCCACUCAGCCGGGACUGACGCGAUUGUUGUGAUUUCUGUGUUUGUUUUAUCACCGGUGUUCAUUUGUGCUGUGAUGUGUUUGUGAUAGGACUUCCAGGAAAGUUAAACACUUUUAGCCAUAGACAAUACCCGUCAUUUAUUCACAAUUGGUGUGUUGCUAACGUGUUAUUUAUUUCUACACUAUUUCAACAAAAUUAAAAAAGUCUUGAUUGUCAACUGGAAUUUUGAACUGUUGCCGUGAACUUAAAAUAAUUUGAGACUGAUAACACUGAGAGGACUUGUGUAAUGACACUUUAGGUUCAGUGGCGCUAGGCCCUUGUUCCGUUAUGAGGACGAGAAGUCUACUUUGGAGUUCCGUGGAUUUAUGAUCUGGAGGGUUUCGUUAAAUUUCCUUCCCACCUUAGGAUGGACUCCUGAGACCAACAUGGACCUGAAGUUCUGAGCAUGAUGGUUCUAGAAGGAGGUGUUCUGCCGCCCCCGCUGAGAUUGUACGCUGCUGCCGCCGCCGCCGCCUCCAAUGGGGGUUGUUUCGCCCCGUCGCCCGUGCUGCCGCCUCACUCCCUAUUCCCGCACUUCGCGUCGCGCUUCCCUCUUCAGGGCUUCCCAGGGAUACCCCCUGGCUUCCUGCACCAUCAGCACCAGGGUCCACUCCGGUUCGCCGCCAACCUCCUGGGUCGAGGUCACCCCCAGGACAUCAGGAACGAUGCCCUCAGAAGACGUCAACAGUUGGCGAUCCGUUCGGCCAACUCACCCGACAGCUGCCAAGGCGAUUCUCUCUCGAAGAAAGAGGGCGAGUUGGGCAGCAACGACGACCUCUCCUCCAGCAAGAGGAGACGCUCCAGGACCAACUUCAACUCCUGGCAGCUGGAAGAGCUGGAGCGGGCCUUCCUGGCGAGCCACUACCCAGACGUCUUUAUGAGAGAGGCGCUCGCACUCCGCCUCGACCUCAAGGAGUCUCGAGUCGCGGUGAGAUUACAUUUAUAA